CGAGUCAGAGAUUGUUGUGGAAUAGUAGUUAUUAUGAUUUGCUUUCAAUUGCGUAACUCGCAAUCUAACCUAAACUGGCAUCAUUACCAUGAUUUUACCACCUUAACACCAAUCGUCUGCUUUUUGUGUUAAUGUUCCAGUUCAACCGCUCAACGUGAUUUCUGUAUGUCCAAAGUUUUCAAUCAGAACUACUUAGCACACCUUUAUAUUGACUUCUUAUUUGCAUCAUUUGUAGUCAAAUGAGUUCACCUUGUACUCAAUCUAAGGGAGAGGAAGAAAAAAAAUCAGACAGUGUUCAAAUUGAUCCUGGAGCUGGUUACAAAUAUGGUGUUUUAGUCAGUGAAGACACACCAGUUAACCGGAAUGAUGCUCAGAGUAUUCAGUUGAAGAUAGACUUUUCUGCCGAGAAAGAAAAUGAUAAGAAUCAUGUUAGUACGCUAGAAAAGGUGUCACAAAAUGAAAGCUAUGCUGAGCUACCUGUGCAAUCAAAGUCUGCUCUGAAACGGAAAAUGAAGAAGGAUUUAUGGGAGCUGAGGAAAAAAGAGAAAAGGAUUCAAGAAAGGGAGAAAAGAAAGAAAAGAAAACUUGAUCCAACCCAUCGUUUGAAUACAGUUACUCGUAAACAACUAAAAAAUGCAACAAUGGCUAACAGUAACUGCAAAGUGACCAUAGCAAUUGACCUAUCAUUUGACAAUUACAUGGAUGAAAGGAGUCUUGCAAAGUGUGUCAAGCAAAUUAGUCGUUGUUACAGCAUUAACCGUAGGGCUACUGAUCCAGUUCAAUUCCACGUAACUAGUUUGGAUGGUGCUAGUUUAAAAGAAAUGAGCAAGAAUUCAGGCUAUGAAAACUGGGAUGUUAACCUGCAUGAAAAGCAUUUUACAGAAAUUUUCAGUAAAGAAAAAAUUGUUUACCUCACCUCUGAAUCUGACAAUGUUAUAGAAAAUCUUAAGGAUGAUUAUGUUUAUAUAAUUGGAGGAUUAGUUGAUCACAAUUCCCACAAGGGUCUUUGUCACAAGUUGGCAGAAGAGAAAGGUCUUUCUCAUGGCCGUCUUCCAAUCAGUGAAAAUAUUGACAUGAAGACGAGAAAAGUUUUAACUAUUGACCACGUGUUUAAUGUAAUGGUCAACAUCUGUAACGGACAGAGCUGGAAGGAAGCAUUACUUGAGAUCUUGCCAGCUAGAAAAGGAGCUCAAGAAAAGCCAGUUGACGAUAACACAAUUACUAAUGGAGAUAGGAUUGCUGAUAAAUUUGCAGUUGCCGACGAAGAUGCAGAGGCCGACGAAGAUGCAGCGGCCGACGAAGAUGCAGCGGCCGACGAAGAUGCAGCGGCCGACGAAGAUGCAGCGGCCGACGAAGAUGCAGGGGUCGACGAAGCUGCAGCGGCCGACGAAGAUGCAUCUUCGUCGGUUGAAGAAAAUUCAAAAAUGAAAUUCCUUAAAGCAAAACCUACCUCGGCAUAGUUUCUGCUGUUUUGUUUAAUAAGUUGUCUCAGUUAUUGUAUCAGUUACUGUUCACAACUUCUUCAUUAUGCACAAAAGUGCAAAGAAAAUUGAAUUUGUAUAAAGGAUUCUUUUUGGAA